AUGGACACCGCCAACGGCACGGUCAGCACGGCGCCCUGCGCCACGCCGCUGCCGAGCGCGUGCGUGGCGUUCAGCGACCUGGAGAAGCGGCGCCUGCCGUCGCUGGCGUGCCCGGCGGGCUACUCGGCGUCGCGCUUCCACAGCGAGGGCGGCGGCGAUGCGCUGCACUGCUUCCGCGCGGACCGCAGCGACGCGCCGCUCGCCUUCGAGGACGCCAUGCGCGAGCACGGCUGCGUCCUCGGCCCGCGCGCCGGCCCGCUCGCCAGCGCCCUCGCGCGCUACGUCGUCCCCAAGGUGGCGGACCGCCUGCGCCUCGAGGACGGCGAGACGUGCUGGAGCAACUUCAACCUGAGCGACCCGCAGAAGGACAUCCGCCUGGAGACGGUGAGCAACGCGUCGGCGCUGCAGGCGUCGCUGCGGCAACCCGAGUACCCGGUCGUCGUGCUGUCCGAGGACGGCGACAUCGCCUGGUUCACCACCAGCCACCCGCAGAGGUGUUCCUUGUGCGAGGUGCAAGCCACCGUGCCCGAGGUGGACAUGUACCUGGCGAGAGACCGGCAGCGAAGGAAACUGCUGCUGAACGUGUACGGCGCGUCGGGGCUUUGGUACGAGUCCAAUCGCCAUUUCGGAUUCCGUUGCUUCACGAACGCCCGUGGAGGGUACAGGCGAGAGGUGGACGUGAAACGCGCCUGGAGCGGGCACUGGACCCUCGAUAACUUAGAGGACUUCCUCUCCUCCGGAGAGACCGGUCGGAGACACGUCUUCGAUUUGGACAUGGAGAAGACUAUUUACGAGGUGGAGUACGAGAAAAAGUCCGCCGGAAGGUACUGGUGCGAGGGACACGUGGUGGGAACGUUUAGAAAAGUGAGAAGCAACACCGUCCUAGUACGAGGAAUUACGCCCGGUCACGUGUACUCCCUGGGUAUAGACAUUGAAAGUGGCUGCACAUACGAUUCCACGGAUUGUGACCCCACCUUUCACGAAAACUUCGAAAAGAUCGGGAAGAAAAUCUCCAAGAAAAUGCCGGACUCGUUGAUCGCUGACGUGCGCUUCAUGCGUAUUCUAAACGUCACUGACAACGGAACUGUGAGCAUUAUCCUCCACGUGGUGCCGGACUUCAUCGAACACAACGCCGCCGACGACUUCGAACGGAUACGGUCGAUCGUGAAGAAGUACCUCGAGGACGUAGGCCCGCCGUACCACUUCCGCUCGCUGCUCAGCACGGAGGGCUGCGUGCCGCUGUCGGCGUCGAACGGCUACAUGAAUCUCACGUGGAAGUUCACUCCCCUGGGCGCGGUCGGGGUGCCGGAAGAGCUGUGCCUGCAAGCGGACGGCACCCCGGUGUCCAGGCCCUGCCAAGGCGACUUCGUCACCGGAGGACAAUGGGGGCCCGUGUCGGGCAACUGCAGCCACCGCAGCAUCUCCGAAGUCACGUCUUCGCUUCACGAGAUCGCCACUCGCGCCGUGGUGGGAAUAGAAGGGCAUUCUAUCGCCGAGAACGUGUCCGCACUCACGUCCAACCCGGACAUUCUAACCCCUGCAGAUGUUUACUACACCGCUCGCACCAUGCGCAACCUCGCUAGUUCCAGGGCGUACGAGAGGCCCAUGACCAAAGCAGACGCUACGAACGAAUUGAAGUCUGUGUCUGAUAUCGUCAAUCACAUCUCGUUGGCGAAUGACAAGUCCGUAAUUAUUUCGCAGAAAGUGUUGAAUUCGUCAAACAUGCUUCUGGACGCCGUCGAUGUACUAUUUGAUCGCAUCAGCAGCCGCAUCAACGACGAUGACAACGAGGAUGAUGUUCUUCUUGCCGUGACACCGUAUGUUCUGAUACAGGUGUGUGAUAUUCGCAAAACCAAUGUCACAGGCUUGGCGCUGAUUCGACGUGAUGUUGAUGAUUCGGGAGAACCUCCUACAGAUUUUACGAAGUAUGAAGUGGUGCCUCUUGAAAGCACUGAGCGUCUAGAGUCUGUUCUUCAGUACAAUGAUUUGGAAGUUGCAGUCUGGGCACCUCACAACCUCGUAGAUUUCGUUUUCAAUUCCACAGGAAAUGGAACGUGGUAUGAUCCUCAACCAGGAGUAAGUCAAAACACUUCAACAGCGGCGCAGUCAAGAAUAGUCAUUUCGCUUUUCUACAAAGAUCUUACUUUCUACAACUCAACGGAGGAAUUGCCUCAGGGCGAAGGGGAAAACGGAACACGUACUACCAACGAGACGGUGCAAGAUUUGACCAAAGUCGGAAGCCGAAUUGUAAGCGUCAGCAUCCCAGGAUUUUCAAGAUCUUUGCCAGUGCCUAUUCCUAUCAUUUUCAGGCCCCUCGUCGAUAAAGUCCAGUCACGCCAAUGCGCGUAUUGGGACUUUACAUAUAACAGUUCAACCAGCUCAUCGUCUACCGGGGGUUGGUCAAGUGAAGGCUGUAUAUACGCCGGUAAUUCAACCUUAGAUGCAUCAUCUGGCCAACUCGAUGUCUGUCUGUGCACACACUUGACGCACUUUGCCGAGUUGUUAGGGAGUCGCUACAGUCGCUUGGCUUUGUCCCAACAAACCACAUACGAAGAUGUUAUUACAAUGGAAGCUCACAUCAAAGUUCUCGAUGCCAUCACGUUGAUGGGAUGCUGUCUGUCAUUAUUUGGGAUUGCCGGUAUUAUAGUAACGGCUGUUGCUUUUCGCACGUGGAGACAGAAGCCUGGGAGCAAGAUUCUGCUUCAACUCUCCGCCGCGCUGGCGUUCCAGAUUGUUCUUUUGAUGGUGUCAGGAACCCUACACACGGCAAAGGAUGAGGCGAAAGAGUGUCAUCUUCAAAUCGACGCUGUCACUAAGGAAACGACAUCAAAUUCAUGUUUAGCAACGCCACCAAAGCCAGACACGGUGUGCAUCGUGUUGGGGGCAUUAUUGCACUACUUUAGUCUGUCAGCGUUUACUUGGAUGUUUGUGACGGCAUUGCUUCAAUUUACACGCUACGUUAAAAUUCUAGGACCUUCACGUCCUCCUCGCUUUUUUCUGAAGUCCUUCAUUUUCGGUUGGGGAGCCCCUUUGGUGCCUGUCGUUCUUCUAGUGAGUAUAUCGCCCAACUCUUACGUUCAGCCUGCCCUGUGUUAUCCCUCUGGACUUGGGUUGUAUCUCGCUGUUCUUAUACCCAUCCUGAUAUUCCUUUCAAUGAAUUUGUCUGUUUUCGUCAUGGUAAUCAACAGCAUUGUUCGAGGUCCUGACGGAAAGGUUCGUUCCAAUCCCGAACGCAAACUUGUUAUUUCUCAACUUAAACUGAGUGUGCUUCUCUUCUUCCUGCUAGGCCUUUCCUGGCUAUUUGGUCUGUUGGUUGUCUCUGGAGCUGGAAUAAUAUUUUCGUACUUGUUUUGCAUCGCGGCAACUCUUCAAGGCUUUGUUAUGUUUAUAUUUUUUGUGGCAUGCGACCCGGCAACUCGAAAGUUGUGGCAAGCCACUUUCGGUUCCUGGAGUAAUCUUGUACUGCUGAAGUUGGGCCCGACCGAAAGUUCUGCUGAUUUGACGUCUUCAGUCUCUACCAUCCAUCGAGAAUCCAACACAGAGACGUCUGACGCCAUGUGA